UUCUCGUCAUGUGCUUCGUCUCGCCGAUUUUGUAGUCAAAAAAGGGCAAUUAUUUUUUCUCUCUCCCAUCAAAAUUUUCGCCUCUCCAUCUCUCUCUUUCUCGGUCGAGCUCUGCGUGGAUGCGUGGAGAUCCUAGACUUGUGCCGGCCGGCGGUAGAUGAACAACGGACGCCGCCGCCGGAGCAAUGGACGAAGCGGCGCCCACGGCGGGGUCCUCCCAGAUCUUCGCCGACAACCUCAAGGGCUUCAUACUCGCCGUCGCCUCCAGCGCUUUCAUCGGCGCCAGCUUCAUCAUCAAGAAAAAGGGUCUGAAGCGUGCCGGCGCCUCCGGCUCCCGUGCUGGCGUAGGUGGGUAUGGAUAUUUGUUGGAGCCUCUAUGGUGAAUCGGGAUGGUCACCAUGAUAGUUGGUGAAAUUGCGAAUUUUAUCGCAUACAUCUUUGCCCCAGCUGUUCUUGUUACACCACUGGGUGCCUUGAGCAUCAUUGUCAGUGCUGUUUUGGCCCAUUUCAUUCUGAAUGAGAGGUUGCAGAGGAUGGGAGUCUUAGGCUGCGUGCUCUGCAUUGUUGGUUCGACAGUCAUCGUUCUCCAUUCCCCACAGGAGAAGACGCCGAGCUCUGUUGAGCAAAUUUGGGAUUUGGCAACCCAACCAGCCUUUCUUUUGUACACAGCAUCUGCGGUUGCAGUUUCCCUGGUGCUCAUGUUACAUUGCGCACCACGAUUUGGGCAAACAAAUAUAAUGGUUUACUUGGGUAUUUGCUCUGCUAUUGGAUCUCUGACGGUGAUGAGUAUUAAGGCCAUAGGAAUAGCAAUCAAGCUCACAUUAGAUGGAAUCAACCAAGCUGGCUACUUCCAGACAUGGGUUUUCGCUAUGCUGGCAAUUUCCUGCAUUGUAGUUCAAUUGAAUUACUUGAACAAGGCAUUAGAUACUUUUAAUACUGCCGUUGUUUCUCCUGUCUACUAUGCCAUGUUCACAAUUCUUACUAUAUUAGCAAGUGCCAUUAUGUUCAAGGAUUGGUCUGGGCAAAGUGCAAGCAAUAUCGCAUCUGAGAUUUGUGGGCUUGUUACUGUAAUUUCUGGCACCACAGUGUUACAUUCUACAAGAGAUCCAGAUCCACCUUCCUCAGAUUUAUACACGCCCCUCUCUUCCCAAAUAUUUUGGCACGUCCAAGGAAACGGUGAACUGGGAAAGUUCAAGAACGACGAUCUGUUGUCUGGGGAAUUUGUUGCUGUGGUGCGGCAGGACUACUUCAUAUAGUCUUACAACAAAUGGCUAGUUCCGUUUCCACGCAAAGCAUCCUAAAGCCAUGCCAAAUCUCUAAAGAUAGUCUUGAAUCCUUGAAGUUUACCUUCAACCACCAAUGUUCUCUAGUGGAAAUACGAAAUAUGAUGAUCUUGUGUUUUGGUUGUAGGUAUACUUUGCAGUAGCCAUGUAGAUUUUUUGAUUGUCGAUCGAGUUGUUGAUAUCUAUGAUUAUGCUAGGUUUGGACUAACCCUGGAUAUGAUCAGAGUGGUGAGUGAUUCCAUAUUUCCUUGUGUAAUUUAGUUGUACAGUUCAAAUUCGUUAACUCUCUCUCAAGGGAGUUUAUGAACUAGUUUCAUGUUUGCAAGUCUAUUAGUUCUUAUUGCAAUGUCUUAUCGCAAA